AAUAAAAUAAAAUAAAAUAAAUCAUUUGUACCCUUUUUCUUAUUGGUUUAGUUUGGGUGGGUAGUCAUGUCGUCUUUUUAGAAAUAAUGCUCUGACUAGUAUCUUCUGUGGAUUGGUAUUGUAGCUAGAAUCUCACAUAAUACACACACACACGCAUAUACAUGUAUUUUCUUCCACUUUCAGGAUAUUUUCAAAGGUGAUAUAUAUCACUGUGCUAUUUGGGGAUACCUCAAUGCUAUGCCAUUUUUCUCUAUCACAGGUUGACUGCUGUUGUACUUGAAAGCUACCCAGGAUGUGCUUAUACUAUAUCCUCUUAUCUUCAAGGUGUUUUGUUUCCCGGGAGUUAUUUAUAUGCCGUGUCAACUCUUUCCGUGAAGUUGCCGUAUGAUAUGAAGAGGACAUUCAUUCUGGUCUGGUCGUCAUUAUGGGAGGCUGUGCUUCAAAACCAAAUAGAAAAAUUAGAUCACACAAGAAGUACUUCUACAGGCUUGGCAAAUGUCGCCGAAAGAUUUCCUCUUCUGUUCCUGUUGUACCUAUGGAACGGCUUAGUGAUGCAGAAAGCCAUGUAAGAGAUUUUGCUGUUAGUGAGUUCGUCCAUCUAGCCUUCGAGAAGGGUGCUGCAGCCACAUGCGGAAGAUCUGAGGUCUCUAAUUUGACAUUUCAUCUCACCCAGCUGCAAUGGGACGACAACCAACUUGAUGCAAAUGGUAUAUACCGAGAGGAAGUAUGGUUUGACUCUCUCAGUAUACUGGAGUCCGAUUCAGAUGAUGACUUCAUUAGUGUUCAUGGGGAUUGUUUUCCUUCUUUCUGCAAUGCAAUUGGGAACAUCUCUGAUAACCAGAUGAUUCAGCAUGAAAAAGCAUCAUGCUCUAUCGACAAUGGGUGCAAUUAUGACGGGGUGUAUGGAAGCUACCUAAAAAUAGAUGGAGGAAAAAUUGAGAACUUCGUGAGUAAAGAUGAAUAUGGGGAAUCAAAUGGAUUCUCGGAUUUAGGUAAAAGCAGCCAGGGUCAUGAACUUCCAUGCUCGAUGAAGUCUGAUGAAGUCUGUACUAACAGGAAGAAAGUCUUAGAUGAUCAUUGUGGAAGCUUUAACAGUCUAAAAGUGAAUUUACAUGAUUCUGAAGAGAGAUCUCAAGAAAACUACUUGAAAUCUUGUUUACCUCGGUUGCUUCCUUUAGUCGAUGCCAAUGAUAUAAAUCAAUCUCCAUCAAGUCCAGGCUCAACAUCAAAGAGAAAGAAAUCAACAGUUAUCAUGCUUGCAGUAAAGAGGAAAUCCUGUGAUGGUGAUGAAAUGACUGAGUUCUGUUCAUCCCAGAGAUUCUUAUAUCAUCCCAGAGCAGGACUUCUGAUUCCAUGUUCAACAGAUGAUAAGCCAACUCUGGGAUGCUGGUGUCAGGUAGCACCUUCAGUUUUUAAGCUCCGGGGCAAUGAUUAUUUCAGAGAUAAACGGAAAUAUCCUGCUCCGAAUUACAGCCCAUAUUCUCCAAUCGGUGUUGAUCUAUUUGUUUGUCCACGGAAGAUACAUCACAUUGCUCAGCACCUUGAACUUCCCUAUGUAAAAGCUCAUGAUAAAGUGCCAUCGCUGCUGAUCGUCAAUAUUCAGAUGCCUACUUAUCCCGCUUCCAUGUUCCUUGGUGAUAGUGAUGGGGAAGGCAUGAGCCUUGUAUUAUAUUUCAAAGUAUCUGAGGGUUUUGACAAAGAGAUAUCUUCUCAAUUCCAGGAGAGUAUCAAGAGAUUGAUUGAGGAUGAGAUGGAAAUAGUGAAGGGUUUUGCAAAAGAAUCUAUAGUUCCUUUCAGAGAAAGACUAAAGAUCAUGGUUGGGGUGGUUAAUCCAGAGGACCUCCGCUUGAAUUCAGCUGAAAAGAAGCUUUUACAUGCUUAUAAUGAUAAGCCAGUGCUUUCACGUCCUCAGCACACAUUUUACACGGGACCGAAUUAUUUUGAAAUUGACCUUGAUAUACACCGGUUCAGUUACAUAUCUAGGAAAGGACUUGAUGCAUUCCGAGAACGGUUGAAAUAUGGGAUACUUGAUCUUGGUUUAACCAUUCAGGCACAAAAACCAGAGGAACUUCCAGAGAAAGUCCUGUGCUGUGUGCGCCUGAAUAAAAUUGAUUUUGUAAAUCAUGGCCAAAUUCCUAGAAUUGUAACCCUUGAUGAGAAUUGAUUUUAGAUGGGAGCAGGAAAAUGAUGUAUUACGACCCAAAAUUCCGGCAACAAAGCUUUUCAAGAACACCUUGUAAAAUUUGGAACACAGCUCCAAUUUAUUCAAAUAAAAAGUAAAUAAAUGAAUAAAAGAAUUAAUAGAAGGAAAUUCAUUUUGUAAUUCAAA